UAAGAAACUUGACAAACUUUCAAAAAUGAAGGACUGCGAGGUGCCGAAAAAAUGGUUGCACAGCAUCAAAAACCAUGUUUAUUGGAGUGCGAUUUCCUCUGAGUCUGGGCUAGAAAAGGUGGCGAAGGGGAAUUCACUGCAGAACCACAUACAAAAUGUACAUGUUCAUGAUAACCACCUCUUCCCCAAGUGUGAACACCCAGACAAAGUUUCCAGGGAUCCAAAAAAAUGGUUCCAACCAGGAUCAAUAGCGCUCCAUAAAGUGGAAAAGCUAUUAUACAACAAGAGAGUUCUCAAGGAUAUAGAAAAGCUCAGCCACCACUUUCAGACAUCAUCACUGGAGGCAUUCCACAGUCUGAUUUUGCGUUUUGCCCCAAAGAAUGUGACUUUCCCUUUCAUAGGAAUGUUGUGCAGGCUGUAUCUUGCAGCAAUGCACUAUAAUGAAAAUGCUAACCGUGAGCAGGCAACAACAACUGAAGGACAGGCUGUGUAUAAGUUCAAAAAAGGGGAAUGCACAGCAAAGCCAGUGAAAAUAGAACCAACAUACAACUAUGUUGAUGACCUUAUGAGCCUUCUGAUACAUAAAGUCUUUGUGGACCCCAAGCCAUAUGCAGAAGAGCUGCACGCAAUCCCCAUUCCACCUUCUCUGUCAUCACAGUAUGAAAAACCCUCCAAAGAAGAGGUGAUUGCCCACCGUGUGUCACGAUUCAGUCGAGGGGUGGCCGGAACCCAACAUACUGUCCCGCUGGAUCAGGAAACUGUAGGCGGAUCCGGUUAACAACACAUGAUGGGAUGACAACCCUCACACUACGUCCUAGGUAGCCCCAGCACCAGCUGACAAAGCUGCGAUAGGCCAGAUAACGGAAACGCCUAUGGCAGGAAUAGAAAACCUCAAUAUUGUAUAUAAAACCAGUGGUAUAUU